UGAGAAGCACACGCCUGUGAUUCCAUAACCCGGCAUGUCUGGCCCGGUGGAUAGAGGGCAGCAGGGACCCGCGGGUGAGCUGCGCGGGAAAACUUUAGGGGAGCUCACCGAGAUCCUGGAGCGACAGGAGAAGCUGCUGAGUAAUAAGAAAUUUAUUGCUAAACUUCCCGACCGAGGAAAAAAGAUUUCAGAUUACGCUGAAAAGGUCCGGACAAGUAUUGCUGAACUUAAUCGACGGCAGAAUGCCAUAGAUCUCCUUUCAGCAUUCAAGUCACAAUUUCAGGAGCACGAAUGUAAUAUAAGAAAGAAUGCCGAGAUCUCAGAAGAUCAGGGAACACAUGUGUCCUCAAAUGUGGGAGAGGGGGAAGAGACCACCUCUAUUCCUGCUCAUGGCAAAAGCUUAGGGUUUGCACAUGAACUGGAGACAAGCAGCUCUCCCAUGAAAAUCACUGAAGAGACCUGCUGUGAUGACUCUCGCACAGAUGAGAAUUCAGCCGAUGCUCUGGCCAAUAGCCUGAAGGUGAUCAGUAUUCAAGAAAGUGGGGCUAAGGCAAGAAAUGGCCCCUCGGAGACUACUGUAGAUGAAAAGACCAGGUCCAGCCCGGGUACCAGUGGAGCAAAGAAGUCUCAUUAUAUUGAUGUUAUAGAGAAGAGGUCAAUGAGCCCAGUCCGGAGAAAGGAAAAAUUCAGAACAAACAGAUUGCCAUCAGACUCAAACUGCUCGACUCCAAAUCAAUCACCGGGAGAUAAAGUGCUUAUAAUGUCUCCCGAAGAGAGAAAACUACAUGACAGGAAACAUCUGGAUGACAUCACUGCUGCGAGACUUCCGCCACUUCAUCACUCUCCAGCCCAGUUACUACCUCUGGAGGAAUCUCUAGCACUUCAGAUGGCACAGAAAGUUACUUAUGAGGAAAAACAAGCUAAGUAUGCCGCACAAAAGCUUUUCGAGAAGCUGAACAUUAAAAUGGGACCUUUUAAUCCUGAAGGAGAUUCAUACAUGAAAUACAGAGAUCCCAGAGCUGACGAAUAACCUGCGGGUGGAUUUGUGGUGUGAUUACCACAAUGAAGAUUGGGAAUAUAUCACCCUGGUUGGCCUUAUAUACGUGAAACUGAUGCAUGAUGGCUAUAUGUAGUGUACAAACUAGUAUGACUAGCAAAUGGAAGUUCACUGUGCAUCUAAUGCUUACUCAUAUGGUUUCUCAAUGCGCUUUUCCUCCUAAAGAAAUGUUUUUUUUUACAAAUACAUGGUGACACCGCUAUUGGGGCUCAUUCAGACGGUCGUAUGCUGUCUGCAAAAAUGUGGAUCAGUUUUUUUGCAGCUCAGAUGCUGUCCCAUUCACUUCUAUGGGGCCCUUUUCUUCCAUUGCGUGACUCGGCAAAACAAUGUCCUUUACUUGUCAGUGAAAAUCAGGACAUGGCCAUAUUGAAGUCUAUGGAUCAGCAAAAAAACGGAAUGCAAUCCGUUUUUUUUACAGACAUGCUGAACUGUCCGCAAAAAAAUGGAUCCGCAUUUUUGCAGGCAGCAUACGGCCGUCUGAAUGAGCCCUUACACAUACAGUUCAGUGAGCCAUGGGUUUCUUGGCUAGAGUUAUUUUUUAUUUUUUUUCUUUGGCAGCUGAACAUAUCUGCAGAUUCCAGUAUAACCUUCUAAAAUGAAAAUCUUAAAAUUUUUUAUAUUUUUUGCAGUCAAAACCAAUAUCGCACUAAUUUUACAAUCAUGGAGGUGCAGGACCCUGAGAAAUAGGGCGGUCCUUGAAGGGUAUUCUAGGAAUUUAUGACUGAUGACCUAUCCUCAGUAUAGGUCAUCCGUAUCUGAUCGGUGAGGGUCCAACCCCUGGGACCCCCGCUGAUCAGCUGUUUGAGAAGGCACUGGCGCUGCUGUGAGCACCGCUCCCUGCUCAAAAAGCACAGCACUGUACAUUGUAUGGUGGCUGCACGCACAGCCCCUUUAAUUUUAUGGGACUGAGCUGCACUUAGGCGACGUGACCAAUGAACGCGUAUUCACUAGAUGACUCGAAGAGCGCCGCUGCCUUCUCAAGCAGCUGAUCGUGUUGUGGGCCCCCCACCAAUCAGAUACUGAUGACCUAUUCUGAGGAUAGGCCAUCAGUUAUAAAGUCUUGGAAAACCCCUUUAAGUCUCUGCUCGUCUGAUCAGCAGAUAUCCUCUUCACUUGUCUAACAAUAUUUGCUCUAGUCAAUGUAUGUUUCAUUUAUCUCUGAGAAAGAAAAUCACUGGUGACCCCACGACGCUCCAUUUCACAGGCAGGGAGACAUAUAGCAGCUCUAUAUUAUGGGGAACCCACCAAAUACCUCAUAGCUCCGCUUCCUGGAUCCCUGUGAGUGUGUCAUGUCUGGGGUUACUGUAGUCAAGCCCGACUUUUCAGGUUUUGAGUGGAUUGAGGCUUUAAUUAUAUUUUCUAUUGAAUUAUUUUUAAGUAAUUUAAUUAUUUGUACGUUCUGCUCUAAAAUUAUAUUAGGUAAAUAUUUUAGGGAAAAUCAUAUUUAACAUGACCCUUCAGGCCAUGUGUCAAUUACCUGAUAAUCAUCUUUUUAUCACUGAUGGUUUAGUAAUCUGUGCUUUAUAACAAUGAUUAAAGGGAACUUUCACUGGCUUAUUCUCGGUGAGAUGAUCAGUAACGAGCUGUCAUAGGAACGCUUGUUAUUGCUGUGUAAAAUAUCUGCUGCCAGAAAGUAAUGAGUCAGUAAAGGAAAGAGUGAUGGCAUUAGCGAUCACUCAUUCCCAUACUGUUGAGGAGAUUGCUGCAUGUAAAUGUAGCGUUCUCCUUCACUGACGAGGGAAAAUCUCCUGCAUAAUUGGCUUGUGUAAAGAGGCCUUAAGCCAUUGUUGUAAAUCUGUUCUUCAUGCAUAGACUUCCUGGUGAUGCCUGUGAUAGGCUUGUGUUUAUACACAGCAGCCAAUCCAGAGCUGCAGGGGGAGGAGACAGCAGCUGCCUGAACCAAUAGUGAGAGAGGAGGUGUGUCUCAGACUACAUGUAGACACUGUAGCCAAGCUGUAGUCCAAUGGAGCUGAAAUAAAAAGAAGCCAAUUAGCAUGAUCUGUGCAAAAUAAAUAGCAGCUAAUCAUCUCCUGCAGGCACUGACUUACAUAAAAGCUCCUGACCAGAGUCGCUUCAAAUACUUUAUGGACGUAUUACCAAAUUCAGCUUUAUCCUAGAAGAUUUGUAUUGGGUAGAGGUCAUGUGGUAUACUAUCUCUUAUGUGGAUGGGCCAUCUCCUGAGCACUGGAUAGAUAUGAGUUCAUAAGAAUGAUGGCGGCAAAUGCCAAAUGUGUACCUUAUGUGUUUCCUAGUGAGGAGGUAAAAGAGAAAACGCCAGUAUGUAUGGAGUUUGCCUUUGACAGGAUAAGCCAUAUGUAAAUCCACCCCAAAAAGAUAAAGAAUGGAGACCGCACUCCUUAAUGCAAAGUUUGAUCCUUUUAAAGGGCAUCUGUCAGCAUAUUUGUAUCUAUUGAACUGGAUGACCUGUCGCAUACAUGCUUGGAAGCUGAAGGCAUCUGCAUUGGUCCCAUGUUCAUAUGUGCCCGCAUUACUGAGAAAAAUUAUCGUAUGUUUUAAUAUAUGCAGAUGAUCCUCUAGGGGUAAUGAGGGCGUUUCUGUUACCCCCAGAGGAUCUGAUCUCUCUGCAACUGCUGCAACCUCUCCACUUUCAUUGACAGGGCCAGUUGUGAUGAUAUUUUUACUGCCUGGCUCUGUCAAAGUGCCGAUGGCACGGCAGUUGCAGAGAGCUCUCAUU